CGGCAUCGCGACCACUCCCAGGACAGGUGCAGGUUGGGGAAGAAGCUUUCCGGGCCUGGGUGGCAGCGCGUCGCGGAGCAAUGUCCCCAGCCGGGAGGCGAGCGACAGACAUAGGACGGCUCCCGCGCGGGCUGCCUGACGAGGAAAUGAGUGGAACCCAGUCCAAUGCACAAAGAUGAAGAGCCACACCCAAGAGGGCAUGAAGUGAUGCCCACCCACCCCGUGUAGAAUGACUGCCUUGAGAGGCUGGCUCCCCAGACCCUGGCAAGGCUGCUGACCCUCAGUCCGCACGUCGUGAAGAGCAGGACUCUUCCUGUGGAGGGGCCCCUGCCUUCCAGCUCCACCAUGAGGCUCCUUGUGGCUGCCCUCUUGCUAUCUUGGGCGGCUGGUACCCCUGCUGCAGUACCCGUGGUACCCUGGCGUGUGCCCUGCCCUCCUCAGUGUGCCUGCCAGAUCCGGCCCUGGUACACACCCCGAUCAUCUUACCGAGAGGCCACCACUGUGGACUGCAAUGACCUCUUCCUGACAGUAGUGCCCCCAGGGCUCCCUGCGGGCACGCAGACCCUGCUCCUGCAGAGUAACAGCAUCAGCCGAAUAGACCAGGCUGAACUUGCCUACUUGACCAACCUUACAGAGCUGGAUCUGUCCCAGAACAGCUUCUCAGAUGCCCGAGACUGUGACUUGCAGGCCCUGCCUCAGCUGCUGAGCCUACAUCUGGAAGAGAACCAGCUAAGCCGGCUGGAGGAUCACAGCUUUGCUGGGCUGAGCAGCCUGCAGGAACUCUAUCUCAACCAUAACCAGCUGUGCCGCAUCGCCCCCAGGGCCUUUGAAGGCCUCAGCAACCUGCUGCGACUGCACCUCAACUCCAACCUGCUCAGGACCAUCGACAGCCGCUGGUUCGAGAUGCUGCCCAACUUGGAAAUCCUCAUGAUUGGUGGCAACAAGGUGGAUGCCAUCUUGGACAUGAACUUCCGACCCCUGGCCAACCUGCGCAGCCUGGUGCUGGCAGGCAUGAGCUUGCGGGAGAUCUCGGACUAUGCUCUGGAAGGACUGCGAAGCCUGGAGAGUCUCUCUUUCUACGACAAUCAGCUGGCCCAGGUGCCCAAGCGGGCAUUGGAGCAGGUUCCCGGGCUCAAGUUCCUAGACCUGAACAAAAACCCAUUGCAGCGGGUAGGGCCGGGAGACUUUGCCAACAUGCUGCACCUCAAGGAGCUAGGACUGAACAACAUGGAGGAGCUGGUCUCCAUCGACAAGUUCGCCUUGGUGAACCUCCCUGAGCUGACCAAGCUGGACAUCACCAACAACCCACGGCUUUCUUUCAUCCAUCCCCGCGCCUUCCACCACCUGCCCCAGAUGGAGACCCUGAUGCUCAACAACAACGCUCUCAGUGCCUUGCACCAGCAGACAGUGGAGUCACUGCCCAACCUGCAGGAGGUGGGGCUCCAUGGCAACCCCAUCCGCUGCGACUGCGUCAUCCGCUGGGCCAAUGCCACGGGCACCCAUGUCCGUUUCAUCGAACCACAGUCUACCCUGUGUGCUGAGCCUCCAGACCUCCAGCGCCGCCCAGUCCGGGAGGUGCCAUUCCGGGAGAUGACAGACCACUGCCUACCCCUCAUCUCUCCCCGCAGCUUCCCCUCCAGCCUGCAGGUGGCCAGUGGAGAGAGCAUGGUACUUCACUGUCGGGCCCUGGCUGAACCAGAGCCUGAAAUCUACUGGGUCACUCCAGCCGGAGUCCGACUGACACCUGCUCACGCAGGCAGGAGGUACCGGGUGUUCCCUGAGGGGACCCUAGAGUUGCGGAGGGUGACAGCAGAAGAGGCGGGGCUAUAUACCUGUGUGGCCCAGAACCUGGUCGGGGCUGACACUAAGACAGUUAGUGUUGUGGUUGGCCAUGCUCCCUUCCAGUCAGGCAGGGACAAGGGACCAGGACUGGAACUCCGUGUGCAGGAGACACACCCAUAUCACAUCCUGCUGUUUUGGGUGCCCCCACCCAACAUAGUCUCCACCAACCUCACCUGGUCUAGCACCUCCUCCCUCCGGGACCACAAAGCCACUGCUUUGGCUCGACUGCCCCGGGGUACCCACCGCUACAACGUUACCCGCCUCCUUCCGGCCACAGACUACUGGGCCUGCCUGCAAGUGGCCUUUGCCGAUGCCCACACCCAGUUGGCUUGUGUUUGGGCCAGGACUAAAGAGGCCUCUCCUUGCCACAGAGCCCUGGGGGACCGGCCUGGGCUCAUAGCCAUCCUGGCUCUUGCUGUCCUCCUGUUGGCAGCUGGGCUUGCGACCCACUUUGGCAGAGGCCAGCCCAAGCAGGGGGUGGGUGAGAAGCCUCUACUUCCAGUCUGGGCUUUCUGGGGCUGGAGCACUCCCUCUGUCCGAGUAGUGUCUGCACCCCUUGUCCUGCCCUGGAAUCCAGGGAGGAACCCACCCAGAUGCUCCAAUGGGGAGACAGUGUCACCACCAUUGUCUCAACAUUCCUGAAGCUCCGCCAGGUCUCAGCAGUAGAGAAAUAACUAGGACAACUCUACACUAAAAGGGAAGUGAUCUGGGCCAGACACCUGCCGGAAAGUGGCGUUGCUCCACGUGCUUGAGGCCUGGCAGCUUGACCAAGAAAGACGGGGCUCUGUGGCUCCUGGGGGUGCUCUUGGAGCUUCCAAAAUGGUUGCUGUGGCCUUCUGGGGGUCCUCAGCUGCUAUUCUGAGGAGUGUCUCCAAGGAACAGGAAGGACUCUGCCUAGAGCCUCCUACCUCCCCAGAGGCUUCUGGACCCAGCUUGGCUGUUCCCUGCCUGUGUCCCUAGGCCCCGGCCCACAGGAUAUUGCCCCUCCCUCUCUUUCUUUGUACAGUCUCAGUUGCUUGCUCAUCCCCCUCCUGGGCAAGGGCUGAAAGAGGCCUCUCCGUCUUGGGAGCCUGUCCCAAAGUGGGAGUGUCCCCAGCUGGAUCUGAAGGAUAUUCGGGGAGAGGGGUAUCCAGAGAUGCCUCAUCUCAUAGCCUGGGCUCUAAAGUUGACUUUCUAUAGGCAGUUUUGUACCUUUGUGGAGAAAUGUGUCACCUGUCCCCAACCGAUUCACUCUUUUCUCCUGUUUUGUAAAAAAUAAAAAUAAACAAUAACAACAACAA